CGACUACUUAUUCAAGUUGUUGUUGAUCGGCGAUUCAGGCGUGGGGAAAUCGUGUUUAUUGCUGAGGUUUGCUGACGACACUUAUACUGAAUCUUACAUUUCGACCAUCGGGGUUGACUUUAAGAUUCGUACCAUUGAACUUGAUGGAAAAACUAUAAAAUUGCAAAUU